AUGAGAACGAGAAAUGGACGCGGUAGCCUAUUUCAAGUUGCAGUAGGGGUAGCAGUAUGCAAUUAUUCAUAUGCUUUGAUGGUCGAUGUCAACGAUAGCCUGGUGGUGACUUCGAAUUACAAAUGUUUGGGGGCCAGUUUAAAAGAUGAAAAUGUACAAAUCGAGACGUGUACAGGAUACAAAGAACAGAUCUGGAGACGGGAAGGUCAAGUUUUGAGGAAUAUGGAAACAUCACUAUGUCUUUCCGUUAAUCAAGCUUCAGGUGUAGUCUAUCAGAAGCAAUGUCUUGACAAGCCUGAUAGAGAGCAGUCAUUUAUAGAUAUGAGAAGUCUUAUUAUAGCUGAGGGUGAACUUUGUAUGGCCAGGAGUGGCACACAACAACGGUGUAAGGCGAUGUGUAUAACACCCGCUGAUAAUGACGUGAAUGUGGUUGCUAUGGUUGAAGCUCCAAAUUCAGGUUGUGUGUAUCAAGAAGCAAGCGGCAGCACCUACAACUUAAAAAUGCAGCUAAAGGCCAUCAUGGAGGUGCCUGCAAUGAAAGGUGAAUGGGUGAUAGGUACUGAAGGCGGAAAAUGUUCUAAGAAUUGUGGAGGAGGAGUGCACAAUGUUGAAUACGUCUGUAGAAAUAAAAAUUUCGACAACACCUAUUGCGAGUUGAGUGAAAGGCCCGAGAGUACAGUAGUAGCGUGUAACGAGCAAAGGUGUGAAGAUUGGUCGGAGUUUGGCGAUUGUAGCUCAUCUGAUUGCAAUGUGUUAGGCUAUCGGGGCAGGGGAUGUCAAAAUUCAAAUGAUGGCGGUCCUGGAUAUUGUCCCGGGAAAGAUUAUGAAGAGUGUUAUCCUAUAGGAUGCGAUGACUUCUCUCGCACAGAAACUUUAGCAGCAGCCCCCACUCUACCGGCUGGGAGACUGAUAGUUGCUUCCGAUGGCUCUAAGUGGACUGAUUAUGGUGACUGCUCAAACACUUGUGGCAGAGGCACGCAGACAGCUAUAUGUGUCGUAGAGGCAUCCAGAUUGGUAGGCCACGAGUGUACAAUGUUCGAGCACACUAGGAAGUGUCAGUCUAAUUCUGCCGCCGGUUGUAGCUACGUUAUCGAAGCAGACGUAGAUGGUCAGUGGUCCGGAUGGUCUUCAUGCUGCGGUACUGAACGCCAAUUGCGCACGUGCGAAGGGCAGUCUGGCGAUGGGGCGGUGUGCCCAGAAGGCACCGAAGGCUCUGAGAGAACGUGCGCCUCAGGAAUAGCAUGUGCCAGCAGUCAGCAAAAUACUGGUACUUCAAAUGGUGUCUCAACGGGGCCAGUGGAUACUACGCAGCAGGAUCGAUUAGUAGCUGAGGCUGUAGGUAUUGAUGGGGCAGUCCAGAAUGUCCCGCAAACAUCGGAGUUUACGGGUGGUAUGCCCUCGAGUGGGAGUAUUGGUAUAGCCACUGCAGGUCGAACAGAUGAAGAUUUAUCUGAUCAGAUGGGUAGUAGUCAGCCAACCACAUACACCAGUUUCAAUAGCGCUGCAUAUUCUAGUUAUGAUAUUAAUUCAGGAUUUAGCAAUACGGCGACAAACUAUGCUGGGUAUAAUGCGUACACACCUACAACCACUACUGGCGUCACCACUGAAUACGGGUCACAAAGCUACAGCUAUACACCCACGACUAAUACUGCAUUUGGUACCACGACUACUAGCUAUGCAGGAUUUGGCUCCACGAAUACUGAUACCUAUACAUACAAUCCGUUUGCUAGACGGCGUCGUGAAGCAAUAACAGCCAACCCUUUCGAACAAGAGCGACUUGCGCUUGGAUUGGACCGGGCGAGUCUACCUAAAAGUGGGUUCCGCAAUCUACUUGAACAGGUUUAUUCACUCAUCAAGUAAUCACUAAAACUCUGAUUACUAGAAGAAAGAGUACACUACUACUAGUAUUCGCUAUGCCAUUUAGAAAAUAUAGGUGGAAAUUAAUGGGCGUGAAUUAAUUUGUACAGGUGUCGCAUAAACUGCACACUUAACCAUCAUAUGUCAUAUAUUGUAUAGUUCAUGAUCACAUUCCGGCAUGCUCGUUUCUCUUCCCUUCAUAACUACCCCAUCAGGGCCAAUCAAUAAUUGUGUAAAAACGGUACACAGUAUGGAAUUUGUGAAUCUAGUAUAGGUAUCUUAAGUUGACAAACCAUUCGUCGACAAGUAACUCGUGAACAGUAAAACCCUACUUUCAAUAUCAUUUUUUUAAGCUCCACCACAAUCAAUAUGGAUUUAGAAUCGAGGAAAUGCAGGCCGAAGAUUUCACUUGGAUUUCCCAUCUUGUGUGAAUUUGGAAUCUGUGUUAUCACCGGACUGGCGAUAAUCGGCCGGCGCAGCGGUGGCCGCGUCCACAUUGUUGCCUGUAUGUUUCGUAUUUGGAGUCAUUUCUAAAUCUGGGCUUGGAAAAGGAUUACUUACUGCAUUGUUGUCGAUGCUAUCCUCCUUCGUACCUUCCCCCUUGUCGCCAAUAGCGGCCUUCAUAUCGUCCAUUUUAUCUUUCGCGUUGUCAUACACCUUUUUGGCCUUGGCCUCGAUAUCAUCAGACAAGCGAACAUCGGCCGGCGUAGCGGCGGCCGCGUCCACUCUGCUGCCUUUAUGUUGAGGAGGCUUUUCCAGAUCUGGGCUUGCAAAAGGAUUAUUCACAGCAUUGUUGUCCGUGCUCUUCUCUUUCACACCUUCCACCUUAUCGCCAAUAGCGGGCUUAAUCUCCUCCAAAUAUUCUUUCACGCUGUUAUACACUUGUUUUGCAUUUUCUCCUGCCUUGUCUUUCAUUUCUUUGCCCCCGUUCUUCAGCUCAUGCCCUGCAUCAUGAUGAUUUGCUCGGUUUUGUAUUUGCGUCCCUAAACAUGCCGUACAAACGCGGCCUGGCGCAUUGCGCAGAGACGUAUAUGUGAAGCGAUUUGUAAUUAAUAGGUGGCUUUGCACUCUAGUGCGAAGUAAUAUGGAAGGGGAAAUUUUGUAUGACAUUC